CUUAGCUAUGAAACCAAAAGUGUGCAUGGUUUCCGAAAACCAACGAGCAGAAACCAAAGCUGGAAUCGAUGACAAGUCGAGUCUACGGCCAUUAGAAGAAGAAAGUAGAGGCACGAUUGCACUCGGAGGAUACCUAGUCUCUGAUCAGAUCUUGGAGAAGGCAAGAUAGUAGCUCUAGUCUCUAUGGCUCCACCACUACGCGCACUAACUCGGCGCACGCUUACCCUUCUCACUCUAUCCACCGCAACAGCAGCAGGCGCCGGCUACUUCUAUCUCAAUUCCGGUCCUGCCUACCCCCAAACAACACACGAGUCUCGACGCCCACCACUACCAUGGUCUCCUCCUUCUCGCGCAGCUAUGAUCAACGCCUUAAAACGCAGUGCUGAUCCAAGGCAGGGCGAAGAUGACACCCAGUUUGAUAUAUUGGUCGUAGGAGGCGGCGCAACUGGUGCCGGUGUCGCAGUCGACGCUGCAAGUCGUGGCCUACGAGUCGCCUUAGUCGAGAGGGAAGAUUUCGCUAGUGGUACAUCCUCUAAGUCAACGAAACUUGUCCAUGGCGGCGUGCGCUAUCUUCAAAAAGCCAUAUUCGAGCUUGACUACGAGCAGUACAAACUCGUUCGCGAGGCUCUGCGUGAAAGGAGGGUCUUCCUACAGACUGCUCCUUAUUUGAGCCACAUGCUCCCUAUCAUGCUGCCCAUUUAUAAGUACUGGCAAGUUCCCUACUAUUGGUCCGGAUGCAAACUCUACGACCUCCUUGCUGGCAAGGAAAACAUGGAAUCCUCGUACCUCAUGUCCAAGGGCAAGGCCCUCGAACAAUUCCCCAUGCUCAAGAGUGAGGGGCUCGUCGGUGCCGUGGUCUACUACGACGGCCAACACAACGACUCCCGCAUGAACAUCGCCCUCAUCCUCACCGCCAUCAAAGCAGGUGCAACCGCCGCUAACUACUGCGGUGUCACCUCCCUCCACAAAGACCCCACCACAGGCCUCAUCACAGGCGCACGCGUCAAAGACCACAUCGCCGGAGGCGAAUUUGACGUUAAAGCCAAAGUAAUCAUCAACGCUACAGGGCCAUACACAGACUCCCUUCUCUCCCUCUCCACACCCACUCACAAACCCAUCGUGCGCGCAAGCUCAGGCGUGCACAUCGCCCUCCCUUCCUACUACGCCCCUAAAGGCAUGGGACUCCUAGACCCUGCGACAAGCGAUGGCCGUGUCGUCUUCUUCCUCCCAUGGGAAGGUGGCGUUGUAGCAGGCACAACAGACGAGCCUUAUGACAUGCGCGCCCAUAUUAAGCCUCAGGAAGAGAAAGACGCGUAUUUAAGCGGUGAUGAUAUUCUCCCGCGCGAGUCUGAGAUACAGUGGGUCAUAGAUGAGGUGCGUGGGUAUUUGAGUGGGGAUAUCAAGGUGCGCCGCGGGGACGUGCUUUCAGCGUGGUCGGGACUCCGUCCGCUUAUUUCAUCUGGUGCGGCGGGUGGCACGGAGGGGUUGGUGAGAAGUCAUGUAGUGAAGGUGGAUGAGAGCGGUAUGGUGACUAUCGCGGGCGGAAAGUGGACUACCUAUCGUGCGAUGGCAGAAGAGGCGGUCGAUAAAGCAAUUGAAGUGGGCCCUGGGCUGACGGAAGAGGCUCGGAAGUGCCAGACCCAAGAGCUACGGCUUGUAGGAAGCGAAGGGUGGGAUCGUAAUAUGUUCAUCGGGUUGAUUCAACGGUACGGUAUCGACCUAGAAGUUGCACAACACCUCUCUUCAUCCUACGGUUCACAAGCAUGGGCUCUCCUCUCCUCCACGGCCCAAACGCCGGCCUUGGACCCACACCGUCCUCUAUCCGCUCCCUACCCCUUCACACACUCCGAGAUCACAUACGCGCUCACGCACGAAUACGCACAAAAACCACUCGACGUGCUCCUGCGGCGCACACGCUUAGGUUUCGUUGAUGCACGCGCAGCACUUAGUGCACUACCAGAAGUCAUACGCGUCAUGGGCGAUACCCUGGAGUGGGAUACAAGACGGAGGGGGGAAGAGGCGAGGAGGGCAGAGGAGGUGCUACGUGGGAUGGGCGCGGGUGGACGGGUAGAAGCGGUUACAACUUCGUCGGGAGAAGGCUGGUCACGCAUGGGGGAGGUACAGCGGCGCGUGUGGGCGCUGUUUGGGUGUCCUGCGCUUUUGCGCCCAUUUUCGGGUGCCGCGACGUAUCCGCGUGCGUUGUUUGAGCCGGGGGAGAUUGAAACGCUCCGGGAGGUGUUUGGACAGCAUGCGCGCGUGCCUGGUGAUUCUGGUUCUGGGUCUGGAUUUGGGACACAGGAGCAGGAUCAGAUGAAGAUGCCCGUAUCGAGGAUACGAGAAGCCGUGCGGUCUGUUGCGGGGCUUGGGUAUGCUUAUGACGGUGUGCGGGAGUCGGAUUUCCGAUAUAUCCUAAGGGAGGCGGGACUUUCUGAUUCACCUGAGGGGAAAGGGAGGGGGAGAGAUGUGGUAGAUUUUGAAGAGUUUGUCGAGAUCUGUGGAGAUUUGAAAGACGUAUCGAUCGCGCCUACUGUGAGUAAGAAGGGUGUGCAGAGGAGGAGGAUACCUGUUGAGAAGAGUGGUGGGGGUGUUUGAAGUGUGGUGUUUCCACACAAAUAGAGGGCCUUCUGUAGUAGGCGUAAUGAACGAAGGACGGAACGAAAGAAAAUCACGUGACCAUGUGCGGUCCCUAUUUAGGAAUUUCUCCUAUAGAGCAGGACUGCUCUUGCGGAAUGUCGAAUCAACGAUUCAGAACAUCUGACAUAUACACUCUAAGCUCUCUUAAAUGCUGACAUAGCUCAGACAAUCUGAGUCUUGACCGUUCGUCUACGCUAC